AUGCCCAGUGGCCGCCGGGGCGCUCCGGGCGCGGGAUUCCAGCUCUCCGGGUUUUGCCCGGGCUGGGAAGAUGGGUUCUCUGCAAUCGCCGGACAAAAGCCCCAGGCUCCCGAGCCCCCGCCGCCGCCGAGCCUGGAAGCGGGAGCGGGUGCAGGGCCCCCGGCGGCGCCCGUGGAGCCGGACCGCGACGGCCCCAGGGAGGAGGACGAGCCCAAGUUGGCGCCCGGACCGCAGGUCCCCCCCACCUCCACCCAGUCUGUGCAGACUUGCUGCCUGCUAUGUCAUCGGGAACGCAAAGGCUGGGAAGAAGGCCCUUCCCAAAACGGACUGGUGUUGCAGGGUGAGAAGCUGCCCCCUGACUUCAUGCCAAAGCUUGUCAAGAAUCUCCUAGGCGAGAUGCCUCUAUGGGUCUGCCAGAGUUGCCGAAAGAGCAUGGAGGAAGAUGAAAGGCAGACAGGUCGAGAGCAUGCAGUGGCGAUCUCCUUGUCACACACAUCCUGCAAAUCACAGUCUUGUGGGGGUGACUCUCAUUCCUCUUCGUCCUCCUCUUCAUCGUCCUCGUCCUCCUCCUCCUGCCAUGGGAACUCAGGGGACUGGGAUCCCAGCUCCUUCCUGUCAGCACAUAAGCUUUCAGGCCUCUGGAACUCUCCGCACUCCAGUGGGGCCGUGCCGGGUAGCUCACUCGGGAGUCCUCCUACCAUCCCUGGUGAGGUUUUCUCUCUCUCGGAGCACCACCGGCACUCAGACCUCACUGCUCCACCCAACAGCCCCACUGGCCACCACCCCCAGCCAGCAUUGCUGAGCCCAUCUCAGCCCGGAUCCUUCGGCUCACCACCCCACCCGCACCUGCUGCCUGCUACCCCGGCAGCGCCUUUCCCUGUCCAGGCUUCAGAAUGCCCUGUUGCUACUGCUGCUGCCCCCCACACCCCAGGGGCAUGUCAGACCCCCCACCUGCCCUCCACCAGCAUGCCACUCCUGAAGAUGCCUCCACCAUUCUCGGGGUGCAGCCACCCCUGUAGCGGGCACUGCAGCGGGCACUGCAGUGGGCCUCUCCUCCCACCUCCCAGCUCUCAGCAACUCCCUAGCACUCACAGGUAAGUAAGUGGCAUGAGGGGCGUACUCCCUGCUAACUUCAACCUUGAGUUCGGAGAAACUUUACAAACCAUAACUUUGGGGUAGAAAUUAAAGGGGAGACUCUAGGGGCGCCAGAGUGGCUCAGUCGGU